AUGUUUAUAUAGGCAUAGAUUCCAAGAACUCGUUUAGCAAUUACUCCAACCAAUGUGAGAUAUGUUUGUUUAGAUUCAACACCUAACAGGUAGCAGUUAAAUAUGACACAAAGAAUUCAUGACAAUUAACCAAACAGAUAAAUUAAUGAUCAUAAGACACUAAUUAACAAUUCAAACAAAGAGAAUCUAACUAGAAUCCCUGGAAAUUCAUUUUGCCAUAGUUCCUCAUCUAAAGAACUUUAAAUUUAAAUUUAAGAACUUACAUAAUAAAGAGAUAGUAUGUAAUACACUCUUUAAGAAGCUAUUAGAAAAAGCAACCUUUUGGAAUAAUAAUUAGAUGUAAUCUAUCAAUAUUAUAUAAGUAAUUACAAAAUUAAAGAAUUCAAUAGGCCAUAUAAUUUUAAGUUAAUAUGGAUUAGUUUUAAGAUCAAAUUAAUAAUUUAACAAAGAAAUUACAAGACCUCAUUUAAGAAAAUAAUCAACUCUAAGAAUAAUAUUAAAGUUAAUAAUUUUAUAUAGACGAAUUCUAAUUCUAAGAAAACGAUCAAUUUAAUAUUACUCAUAAUUUUGGAUAAAUAUGA